GCAAAGCAGAAAACAAAAGCAAAAACCAACCAAACAAACAAGCGAACGACCCCAGCCCUGCUCCGCGCACGGCCCCGGCGAUGAUGUUCCCCAGCCUCAUCGCCCCGCCCGCCGUCUACCCCAGCCUCCUGCGGCCCACUCCCACCCUCACCUUGCCUCAGUCGCUGCAGUCAGCUUUUUCCAGCCACUCCAGCUUCCUGGUAGAAGAUUUGAUCCGGAUCAGCAGACCAGCCAGUUACCUGCCCAGGACUGCCCCCCCACCCAGCAUGUCCCCCCCAACCUCAGCAGCCAGGACGGACACGGGGACGCCGGAGCUCGCCAGCUCCACCACCGCGGCUGGCUCCAGGAGGAUCUGUUCUCCACAGACUUCCACCACCGACUCCACUUUCCUGAAGUUUGGGGUCAACGCCAUCCUCUCCUCCGCCCCCCGCGCCGAAACUUCCCCUGCGUUACUUCAGAACGUCCCUCCAAAGACUUUCUCCUUUCCGUACUUCGAAGGAUCCUUCCAGCCCUUUAUCAGAUCUUCCUAUUUCCCAGCCACCUCUGCCGUGGUCCCCAUCCCUGGCACCUUCUCCUGGCCGCUGGCCGCCCGCGGCAAGCCCCGCCGGGGCAUGUUGCGCCGCGCCGUCUUCUCCGACGUGCAGCGCAAAGCGCUGGAGAAGAUGUUCCAGAAGCAGAAAUACAUCAGCAAACCUGACAGGAAGAAGUUGGCGGCCAAGCUGGGACUCAAGGACUCGCAGGUGAAGAUCUGGUUCCAGAACAGGAGGAUGAAGUGGAGAAAUUCCAAAGAAAGAGAGCUCCUCUCUUCUGGUGGCUGCAGAGAACAGACCCUACCCACCAAGUUCAACCCUCACCCAGACCUUAGUGAUGUAGGCAAGAAGUGUUCCGGAGAGGAGGAGGAGGAGGAAGUUCCCCCUGUGUGCCCACCCAGCCCUCGGCAUCCCUUAACAUACCACCAGUCCCCAGAACAUCUACACUUGAGGGACAGACUAGAUUCCCAGAUGUCUCCUUCACCAUCCCAUUCUAGCAGCCCCGGCAAACCUUCAGACUUCUCAGACUCAGAGGAAGAGGAUGAUGAUGGGGAAGAUGAAGAGGAGGAGAUAACAGUCUCUUAGAUCAUCCUGCCUGCCCCUACCAUCACAUGGGGACAUUGCAAAGAUGUAAAUAAAACAGAGUGCUAUAAUUGAAGAGGUGAUGUCCCACCCAAAUGUCCACAUGCAGACGCAGGUUCUCUCUCACACGGCUGCAAGAUUUUCUACUUACAGGUAUUCCUUAUUUCUUCCCCAUGUGGAGGCUUUCAUAUCCAUAGCACCUGCUAACUUUGUCAUAAUUCUCUGCUUAACAAUCAACACUUCCUUGGUAAUCCACCUUCUCCUGAAUGCAAGAACAGGCAGCUCCUUGCUUUAUAGCAGGGAGCAAAGUAUAGCCUGUUGAGAAGGAAAUGUAUCCUCAGAUGAACACCAACAAAUACAAUAUAGGUGCUGUGGCCCUUUGAACUGCUUUUCAAAUGGACUUCCAGCUACCGUUAAGAUUUCAAAACCCUUAAGACUGGUCUGAUCCAACAAGCCUUUCCUCCAAAAGUAAACAACAUUAUUCAGGGACACAGACCAAGCCUUGCCUCCCUCCUUACCACAAACAGCACAAUCCUGUGCAACAGACACAUUGAAUCCCCCAGCAUGACUUCUAAGGUAUAAUGUAACUGUGCCUUGUGUAAUGGAGACCUUAUAUAUUUAUAUGUUUUUCAUUUUAAUUUAUGCAUCAGUAUUAUCAUCAAGGCACUGCCUACCCCAUCUUU